AGACUAAAAGAAAAACCGGAAGUCUGCAGCUCCUGGGUCAGUGUAGGCCCUGGUCCCUGAUGCCUGACCCCCAACCCUCCUGGCCUUUCCCGCAGGUGCCCGGCUGCAGCAGACCAUGCGAUGAGCCAUGCCCCGCCCUGGACCCCCCCGCCCAUCACCCGGGCCGCCGCGCCUGGGCCCCUGGGAAAGACAGACCGAGCUCUGUCUGGAGGCGCACCAUGAGCCACCUCAGCCCCCAGCGAGCCGCCGCACCCGGAGGCCAGACCCCAAGGACCCCGGCUGCCAGGGGCCAGAGAGCAUUACCUUUAUCUCUGGCUCCGCAGAGCCAGCAGCUGAGCCCCCUGCCUGCUGCCUGCUCUGGCGUCCCUGGGUGUGGGACUGGUGCCGGGCGGCCUUCUGCUUCCGCCGCUGCCGGGGUUGCCUCCAGCGCUGCGGCACCUGUGUGCGGGGCUGCAGCCCCUGCUUGUCUGCUGCGGACUCCACUGAGGGGACUGCUGAAGCCACCUGGGCCAAGGAGCACAACGGAAUGCCCCCCAGCCCUGACCGCGCACCUCCCAGCAGGCGGGACGGCCCGCGGCUCAAGUCAACCGUGGGCAGCAGCUUCAGCUACCCGGACGUCAAGCUCAAAGGCAUCCCUGUCUACUACCGCAACUCCACCUGCCCGGCCCCGGACUCUGAUUCCUGCUUUUUUUUUCCCGCCCCCCGGCGCCACACCCUGCCCACCUUCACCAGCAGUCCCCGAGACUCCGAGGAGUACUACUCCUUCCACGAGUCGGACCUGGACCUGCCCGAGAUGGGCGGAGGCUCCAUGUCGAGCCGCGAGAUCGACGUGCUCAUCUUCAAGAAGCUGACGGAGCUGUUCAGCGUGCACCAGAUCGACGAGCUGGCCAAGUGCACGUCCGACACGGUGUUCCUGGAGAAGACCAGCAAGAUCUCAGACCUGAUCAGCAGCAUCACGCAGGACUACCACCUGGAUGAGCAGGACGCGGAGGGCCGCCUGGUGCGCGGCAUCAUCCGCAUCAGUACCCGCAAGAGCCGGGCUCGGCCGCAGACCGCGGAGGGACGCUCGUCUCGGGCUGCUGCCCCCACUGCGGCUGCCCCUGACAGUGGGCACGAGACCAUGGUGGGCUCUGGUCUCAGCCAGGAUGAACUGACGGUCCAGAUCUCCCAGGAGACGACAGCAGAUGCUAUCGCCCGGAAGCUAAGGCCUUAUGGAGCCCCAGGGUACCCAGGCAGCCACGACUCGUCCUUCCAGGGCACCGACACAGACUCGUCAGGGGCACCCCUGCUCCAGGUGUACUGCUAACCCCUGCCAGGCCACCCCUUCUGGGAGAAGCACAGCCUACAGAAUGAAGAGGGGGACCAGGGACCAGGGACCGUGGGGGAAGGUGGCCCCAAGCCCAGCAGCAGUGCCCACUCUGGCUCCUCCUGCCCUGGCUGAUGGCUCCUGGGCCAUGUGCAUUCCACUGGGCCAGUGUCCACCCUGCUGCAUCCCCAGAGGCCUGAUCCCCUCCCCCUUGGCCUGUCCCUUCCUGUCCUUGGUCUUCAGGCAGCCUGGUCAUGGAAGGCAAAGACUUAGCAAUUACCUUCUGAGAUUGGUCCCAACACCAUCCCCUGGCAUGUCACCCUGACCCUCAUGAACCCCCUGGAGGAUCAGAUAGCUGAAAGCAGCUGGUCUGAGGUGUUCUGGUUGGGGGCAAGCAGAGCCUCCAUAUGGAGCUCUGGGCAGCACCCACUCCAUGUUGUUCUUGGCCGAUGUCCACGUUAACAUGACCAUGUUAUAGUAACAAA